AGGAGGAGCUGUUCACAAAACCACUAACAUCUCGUGAAUUUCUUGAGCAUCUCUCGCUUAAUAUAAUCAGAGAGGGCUGCUUUCACUCUUGUGCUUUUUAUGUGCUGCUAACAGUUAAUUUGUUCAACUCUUGAUUUUGCAUAAUACAGGUCCUUUAUAUCUUCAGAAUCACUUAAUGGCAAGCUAUAGUAGCACAGUAGGUUUCGUAAGUUAGAUCCAGGCGGAGAAAGUGACGCCGGUGCGGGACAGCGCGUGCUUCAUCACGUGAGAGCACAGCAGCAGCCUCACUGCAGCGGGACAGGUGCAUCCACGCGCAAUCCAACACACACCGAAACUGAGCCCGAGUGUGGAUGUUCAUACAGUGACAGACAUGUGUGUUUGCUGGAAGCGUGUUUGAGCGGGGAACACUAAUAUCAGCUGUGUUUUCUUCAUGAGGAGUGCAGUCAUGGUUCUCAAAGGGCUGAUCUUGUUGUUGCUGUUGGUACAGUUCUCUGCAGAGAGCACUGCCAAAGAAGGAGGCAAACCCAAGAAGGGGAAAAAGGGCAAGCAAGUCAUCUGUCCCUCUCAGUUAUCAGCAGAGGACUUGGACAGAGUCCCAGCCAACUCAACCAGCAACAUACUGAACCGCUUGUUGAUGACCUAUGAUUCACGAAUACGACCAAACUUCCAAGGUAUCCCAGUGGAGGAUAAGGUGAACAUCUUCAUCAACAGCUUUGGGUCAAUCCAGGAGACCACAAUGGAUUACCGUGUUAACAUAUUCCUGCGCCAGCGCUGGAAUGACCCACGGCUACGGUUGCCAGCUGAUUUUAAGUCGGAUGCAUUGACCGUUGAUCCAAAAAUCUUUUCGAUCAUUAUCUUCAGCAAGUUGUCUGUCACUCUUUCUUGCCCUCUGGACCUAACACUGUUUCCUAUGGACACCCAGCAAUGCAAUAUGCAGUUAGAGAGCUAUGGCUAUACCACAAAGGAUCUCGUUUUUAUGUGGCAGUCUGGAGACCCUGUUCAGAUGGAUGAGAUUGCUUUACCACAGUUUGAUGUAAAGCAAGAGGACAUUAAGUAUAGAAAUUGCACAAAGUUCUACCCGGGAACAGGUUAUUAUACUUGUGUGGAAGUCAUCUUCACUCUCAGGAGGCAGGUGGGCUUUUAUAUGAUGGGUGUUUAUGCUCCCACCCUGCUCCUUGUCGUCAUAUCAUGGCUGUCCUUCUGGAUCAACCCUGAUGCCAGUGCAGCUCGAGUCCCUUUAGGUAUUCUGUCUGUUCUGUCACUGUCAUCCGAGUCUAUGUCUCUAGCAUCUGAGCUUCCUAAGGUCUCCUAUGUGAAAGCCAUUGAUAUCUGGAUGAUUGCCUGUUUGCUGUAUGGUUUUGCCUCUCUUGUGGAGUACGCUAUGGUUCAGGUGAUGCUGAACAGUCCCAAGCGCAUUGAGGAAGAAAAGGUAAAGAUGGCUCAGAAAGAGAAAGAAAGAGAAAAAGAGAACAAGACACCAGCUAAAACUAACAGUGCCAAUGGCACUGGUGGGACACCUAUGCAUGUCAGCACACUACAGGUUGUGGAAAACCGCUGUAAGAAGGUGUGUACUUCAAAAUCUGAUCUGCGCUCAAAUGAUUUCAGUAUUGUCGGUUCUCUACCACGAGAUUUCGAACUCUCAAACUUCGACUGUUACGGCAAGCCUAUUGAGGUCACAGAUGCUGCCGGCAAAUCACAGAACAAGAACAAAAAGAAGCCGUCACCUCCGAAACCCAUCAUCCCGUCUGCUGCUAAACAGAUUGAUCUCUAUGCUCGAGCUCUGUUCCCUUUCACCUUUCUUUUCUUCAAUGUUAUUUACUGGUCCGUCUACCUGUGACCAUGACAGAGUAUAAGUGUGUGUGUGCUUUUAUGUUGAUGAGGGUGAUAAUCAAGCAUGAACAAAGUGUCGAAAUGGUCAUCAUUUUCAUUCGUUCACGUCUGUUAUUUUGGUCUGCCAGUUAAAUAGUCCUGCUUAUUUGUAUUUCUCCUUAUAAGUCGCUUUUUUGAAAUGUGUAGCUUUAAAGGUGCAAUAGGUGAU